UCGGUUGAUGCUUGGUUUGGGAAAAUGUGAAUUGGAUCCUGAUUCUGAUCCUGAUUGUAUAGUAGUAGCCAAGCAACAUCUGAUGUUUGCGUUAUUUGUUGAUACCAGUGUAUACAAUGAACUCGGCAGACUCCAACAUCAAUAUUCUUCAGCCCAGCUAGGAGUUUCUUGCGUUGCAUGAAAACAAUUUCUGUGGUUCAGUCAUCAUUGUUAAUACAUGUACAUGAGCUUAUGAUACUAAAGUACUGGCGAUUUGAAGUGACAGAAACGCCGCUAUUGUAUGUCUUGUCGGAUUAAAAAAAUUGUGGUGGUGAUUAACCGUUGGUGAUGAGAAAUAAUUUCAACUGUAUGCCCGCCGACAUCGCCAUCUCAGAGUGUAAGUACGACUGGGCCGACAUGGGAGACGAGACAUCGAGCCUGAUAACAAUUCACAGUCGUUUUGGAUAAGUGCAGUGUCGACAAAAGGCCAACAGAACAAGCAGAUUUUGAGCUGCUCGUCUCAUAAUUACAUGUACUAGGAUAAACGCUAGUUGUUCACGGUUCACAUACGGAAACAAUCAGUACCGGUACUAUAACUCUUGUUAACCUGAUAUGCUAGCCAUGUUCGACGCUUUCCAUGUUUACGAAGGCAUCUGUAAUUGACGACAAGACAAUCCGAUUAAAAUCCCUUUCAUGAAGAGCAUCGCUUUGACCAAAGGCUAAUCUGGUGAUUAACUAACGCGGUGCGUGAGCCUUUAAGAGCAAUUGAAGCAGAUCAGGUUAAAGCCAAUUAGCCUACUUUUAACCCAAAGAGAUCUGUGCAGAUUGAUUUUCUUGGUUUUACCAGCUUUUCUGUACCUCACCGGCAAGUAUCCGGAUGUUGCACUCUGCAAAAAACACUUCAUAAUCGAACCCUAAGAAAAGUUACUGCAUAUGAAUCCUAUGUACUGAUGCCAAUAUUUUAUUUUAUUUUUUACUUAAUCGCAACUUUGGAAACCUGAAAAGAUGGCCUCAAAUACUUCAGUGAAACUCACUGGUGAUUCUGAUCAAGCUGACCGAGGGAAAGGUGCAGCCGCAGCUUGGGAAGGAAAGACGUCCUCACUUAUCCGAAACAGUUCGAGAGUUUCGGAGAAGGAUGAAUUUGAAAGGGACUCAGGAGAUCUCUCUGUGUGCUUCUUAUGUGAGGGAAAUCUGAGGAAUCCAAAACUUCUUCCUUGUUUGCAUUCGUUCUGCAAAGACUGCCUUUUAAAACUGGUCCGAGAAAAUGAAACAUCGGCUCCUAUUCCGUGCCCACUAUGCCGCGAUGGAAAUUCUGCAAUUAUUGACGAUGUGGAGAGGCUCGUAGACAACACUUUGAUGUCGUCACUACAGGAACUUAAACUGGUGAAAGGUGAGCCCGACAUGAAUCUAGAGCAAGAUGAUAUAUCUACUUGUGAAGUAAAGUGCACCUCAUGUCGCCGUUCGAAUCCAGCAACCUGUCGCUGUACCUAUUGCCAAGACUUUCUUUGUGAAACGUGCAGACUAUCUCACCAGAGAUUGAAAAUUUUACAGCACCACGAAUUGAUUAAACUAGAUGCAUGGAUACAACAGACUUCAAAAGUUGAAUACAAGUUCUGUCCUCAGCACAGUGGAGAGCCCAUAUCUUUUUACUGUCAGCCGUGUAAGGUGCUAGCAUGCAAGGACUGCAUCGAUCUCGACCACCAAAAUCCACAUCAUAACACAUGUUCUUUGUUGGAAGGAGCAGUAUUAUGCCGACGCACAAUUGAUAAACUUCUCACAGUUUCGAGACAGACAGAAGCAAAAUUCAAAGGGGCCUGGGAAAUUUUAAAUUCCAUGAAAGCAGAGCUUACAGAAACGACGAACAGUUUGCGUCAUGAAGUUCGAGAUGCAUUCAAAAGCGAGAGAGACAUUCUUGAUGAGAGAGAAAAAGAGUUCCUGACUAAAAUUGACGUCAUCGAGAAGCAGCGAGAGGACACUGUAAACACACAUAUAGAUCGAGUAGAAACUAUUCUCGAGAAAUUGUGGACAGCAUUUGACAUGGCAGAAAUUUUAAUGGAGAAUGGAAAUGAUUUUCACGUCCUUAGCUUGGAGCCAAUCGUUUGUAAAAGGCUUCAGUCACUGUACAAAAUGAGCCCUGAGCUCCCCAACUCCAAUCUGACACUAAUUGAUCUAACGGAAGAACAGAAAACAGACCCAGAAGAGCCAAACUCAGUCCCCCAGGCCCAAGCAAAAGAUAUGAUAGACACACCUGUUUGGGAACUUGAAACAAGUUUAGGAGAUCGAGGUAGCGGAAAAGGUCAGUUUGAUUGGUGCAAGGGCGUGGCGGCUUCUCUAGACAGUCACGCUGUUGUUGCUGAUUGGGGGAAUGAUCGUGUACAAGUUUUUGACGAGAAGCGGCAAUUUGUAUGUGUCCUUAACUCGACUAAUCAUGAAGAAGGCAAGCUUUCAAUGCCUCAUGACGUAGCUUGUCUUCUCGAUGGUCGUUUUGUUGUAAUUGAUAAGUCUAACUAUGCUAAAAUUUACUGUCCGAAGGGAAACUUUCUGGAUCGGUUUUUGACACUUUCAGAGGAUGACACUCCAAUGUCGGCCGUUGAACUUAGCUGUGUUACUGUAGACCGGCGCAGUCGCAUCCUGAUUGGUGACUGCAAACGAAAUUUAAUAACGGUUCACUACGUGGACGGAAAGAUGAUAAAAACUAUUCCAGCUGUAGGCCCUGAGCACAUAACAACAACUUCCAAGGACCUUCUCGUUGUCAGCUGCCCACGAAAGCAGAAAGUCCGAGUGAUGAACCAUGACGGGCGAUUUAUAUUUCAAAUAGAAACUUAUGGAGCUGGCGAGAAGUUGAAACCAAGAGGUGUUGCUUGCGACGAUGAAGAUAACAUUUACGUGGUUCACAAGGAAAGGGGCGGAGAAAAAUCUGUCCACGUAUUUGACAGCAAUGGAGAAUAUGUUGCUUGCGUGGCCAAGAAUCUCAGAGAGCCGUAUGAUGUUGACAUUGCCCCGGGGGGCAGAGUUAUCGUUUCCGACGAUGAUGCGCUCAAAAUCUUCACACGGAGAGACAAGGAGUAACAGUUAUGACCAUGUCAUAUAACAUUUUGCGAAUUCAAGAUCAAUCGAGGUGAAUUUGAGGUGUAUUUUUACAGUGCCCGCGCCAGAGUUGUGUUUGCAAGAAUGAAAUCCCUAAUAUUCCCGAAGAACCAUACAAAAUGUCGCCCCUCCAAAUGAUGAAAUCUCAUCAGAAACUGGACAAAUUGAGUGUGACUUCACUGUGGACCAGAAAGUGUAGUGCAAACAAAAUAACGGAGUACGUGCGCGUGUUGGUUCACGUCCUGAUUCUCACUCCAAUGCCUUUUAUACACGCACUUGUGCGCGUGACGUAAUCACUUCGGUACUAUAUCCGGUUCCUAAGUGUGUUGUCACUUCAGUUUAAACUACGCCAACUGCACAUGCACAGCACAUAGAGUUACAUGCCUUGAUUGCCGUUUACAUGGA